UCUGUCAUGAUUCCUUCCACAACAUAUAAUUCAUUGUGUUUAUCACAAUAAAUACACAUUAGUGAUCCUGAGAAAUCUCUGCGCUUUUUUGUUUAAUUUAGAAAAAGAAAAAAAAAAACUAUUGUUUAUAUUGUUUAUUUAAUGUAUUCAGUGAGAAAGGUCAAAUAAUUUUUCACAGUUUUCAAGUUAUCAACAUCUUGUAAAAAACUAUAGCUUUUCAUAUUUUCAUUUUCAAACAUUGUAAUAUACAAUUAUAAUGAAUAAUGACACUUAUAUUAGAAAUUAUACAAUUAUACUUUGUGUUAUACUACGUUAAUUGCAGUAAAUUUAAAAAAAAAAAAAAAAAAAAAAAAAAAAAAUCCCCCUCAAAUUUAUUCUUUUGCUAUUGGAACAAAUGGGAAUACGAAAGUAAGAUUUGUUGACAUCUCCCAUUCACCGCUAUAGAAGUUUACCCAACUGAUGACUUCCGCUUCUCAAAAUCCUGGAAAUGUGUAAAGGGUCCAUUGUAACAUGAUGGUCAUGACACAGGCAUCAUCUUUCAGAGGGGUAAAGUGGAAUUGGACUGGACUAUUUAGAGCAUCGUUUAGAAAUGUUCACAUUAAAUCAAUAUUUUACUUACUAAAAUCUGCAGAUUCAGCUAAGCUGAAACAAACAGACUAACAUCAAUGAUCAAAAUGAAGAGCAAUGAAAACAUUCAGGCCCAUGUCAAGGACCUCCCAUUUCACUCCCAAAUCCCACUUUUCUUUUAACGUGUGCAGGCUAAUUAAUAUUAAACUGUGCUCUUUGCUGCCAUUCCCCUCUUCGUCUUUUUCAUCACUCCAUUAUCUCUCGUGGGUUUUUUUGCUGCUCUCUCUCGCUGGCAUUAAGUUCAAACUUGACACUGACGUUGACUCGCUGUGUCACUCUUCUCUCUCUCUCUCUCUCUCUCUCUCUCUCUCUUUCUCUCUCUCUCACUUCCUGGACAAUUGUGCCUGCAGAUGCAUUUCUCUCUCUCUGUCACUCUAUACACACAGGUCAUUGUUAACAAAGCAAGUGGGAAGGAAACCUUUAAUAACACUUCAAAAAGAGGGCUAAUAUUAUAUCGCUCCCCUGGACGCCCUGCUCGUAAUGUAACAACUGGCUGUAGUGGGCAAGUGCAUGAUGUUUGAGAGGUUAACCAUGCUGAAUCUCCAGAGCACUUCAAACUGGAGUGGAUCCAACGACUGGUACCAUCAGCAGAGCAACGUUCCCACCCAGCAGCACAGCACCGUUUCAGAUGACUUCCUGGUGGACACGGAUGGGAGGAUGCCAGGAAGAGGAGGACAUGUGGAAAGAGAUGAAGGAGAAGAGUCUCAACUGAGGCUGCAGUUGAAGAGGAAACUUCAGCGCAACAGAACCAGCUUCACAACAGAGCAGAUUGAGGCCUUGGAGAAAGAGUUUGAGAGAACACAUUAUCCGGAUGUUUUCGCACGAGAGCGACUUGCAAACAAAAUCGACCUUCCAGAGGCACGAAUACAGGUGUGGUUUUCCAAUCGAAGAGCUAAAUGGAGGCGUGAGGAGAAGCUGCGAAACCAGAGGCGGUCUGGAGGCGGGACUUCCUGUGCACAAACACACGCUCCACUGAACACAUCCUUUAAUUCAGCUGUUUAUCAUCAUCCUCACGGCAACAGUGCAGCAUCCAUGAUCAGUCAGAGUGACACAGCUUUGCCCAGUUAUAACUCUCUCUCAGUCUAUACUGGGGUCCAGUCUGCUCCUUCUCCAUCUGCCUCCUCGUACUCCUGCAUGCUGCCUCCGUCCCCAUCUGCACCUCGCUCGUUUGAGACAUCAUACUCCUCUUCUCAUCUUCCAGCUCCUUCUUCAACUAACACCAGCACAGGUUUGAUUUCUCCAGGUGUUUCUGUACCUGUCCAGGUACCAGGAAAUGAUCAAACUCUGGGCCAGUACUGGGCCAGGCUGCAGUGAAAAGGGGAGGAAGAUUUUGCUUUAGAAAACUAAAUAUGUUUACAAAAGGUAAAAAAAAACCUUUAGAACAAAUUUAUCUAAACUCAAAGGAAGGUGAUCCUCUAAUGGUUGAACGUAAAGAACAAAAUUCCUUCAUUUGACAUGCACAUUUAUUUUAUCCAUAUUUUUCAAUCAGGACUGUAUAUGAUUUAUAUGAUGAUGCAUUGCACAAUGACAUUCCUGUUUUCAAGAAAUCAUAAUCAUUGAUGUUAGUUCCUGGCAGCAACUUUACAGAACUGGGAAGCAUGAAUUAUUUCAUAAUCAGAUAUAUCAUAUCACUUUUUAUGAAACAUUUGUGACAUCCUUCUUUCAUGAGCUUGUGACAAUCAAGGGAAAUGCCUAGUUCAUUCAGACCAGGGACUGAGACCCAGUCAUGUGACUUGCACUUAAGACCAAUGAACAAAUAAUUGAUUUAAAGGGUUAGUUCACCCAAAAAUGAAAAUACUGUCAUUAAUUACUCACCCUCAUGUCGU